CAGGCUGCCAAGAGGAGCCCGGUGGAGGUCGUCGUGAUCACGACGGCUCGUCAGGGUUGCCAUGCCAGGGUCGCGGUGUCGUGUGGGUCAUCGUGUUCGCUCGAGAUCAUCAGCGAGCACUGCCAAGAUACGGACUGCCAGAGAGCGCCUUGGGUGUCGGUGCUGUCUGAGUCCCCAUGGCCAGCCAGAGACUCCCACGGCGAGCCGAGACGCCAACUGGGCACACCCAUACCCACGGCUUCGCUUCUCACUCGAUUCGCGUGAGCGCCGGGGCAGCCCCAGCCCCAAGUAGCCCGGGAGCAGAGCGAGCGGCACCCAGGUGACGGGACGCGCCCCGGUGGGCCUCCGCCGUGGAGACGGAGCGAUUCAGCCGGCGUGGAUCCACGCUCGCGCACGCUCUCUUCUCACAAAGGCAAAGGUUCCCCGGCAAGUGCCGGGUGGCUUGUGACUUCGCAAGAUCGUGAGAUGGCAACAGCUUAGGGAGACCUACAUCCAGCAGUGGAUUGGCCAUCCCUGAUGGUGAUGAUUUUUCUCUGGUCCGCUAAUUCUAUCCCUGUAGACUGUCGGCAAACCGCGCUGUUAGCGAGCGCCUAUUAAGGCUGAGAGGGCGCACUGGAGAUACGUGGUGUGGGGAGAGCGCCUGCGAGCUCGGCCGCCUUUGUCUCUCCAGGGGUGAUGUUGGUCAUGCGACAAGAGGUGGUCAUGUGAGACCGAGUCGCUCCUAAGGGAGUCCCGUGCAAGACUGCCCCUGGUGUCGAUAGCCACUUAUGAUGGCGGCGAUUGUCAGGAAUAGAACUCAGGUCUCCGAGUUUGGAGCUCAGUAUGCGAACCACUGAGACCCCACAAACACCCUUCGCUACCUCGCUCUCACACACACAAAGACAAAGAUGCUCCGUAUAGCCUUAACAUACUUUUGGGGUAAGUGCUGUGAGCGAGCACCGAUGAAGGCCGGCACUGUGGCACACGAGGGGGUGGGUGGUCAGCUCCACGCACCUUGAGGCUAUCACGUGACGUGUCGAAGGCUCGCUGCUGGCAGGAGGUCACGGGGCAGCCCCAGGUGACUCGGGUUGACUGACUGAGAUGACUGGCAGAUGCACCACCCGUGGUCCCCACUGCGUCAACUCUCUCUCUCACACACGCACUGACACACUCACACACUCUCACACACUCUCACACACACACUCACACACUCUCACACACUCUCUCACACUCUCACACUCUCUCACACUCUCUCACACACGCUCUGACACACACGCACUGACACACGCAUGCUCACACUCUCACACGCACUCUCACACCCUCAAGCACUCUCACACACUCUCACACUCUCUCACACUCUCUCACACUCACAAACUCUCACACUCUCACACACUCUCUCACACUCUCUCACACUCUCACACUCUCUCACACUCACACACUCUCACACACUCUCACACACUCACACACACUCUCACACUCUCACACACUCACACACUCUCACACACUCUCUCACACUCUCUCACACUCACACACUCUCACACACUCUCUCUCACACUCUCACACACUCUCACACACUCUCACACACUCUCACACACUCUCACACUCUCACACUCUCACACUCUCACACACACCCUCACACCCUCACACACUCUCACACACUCUCACACACUCUCACACUCACACACUCACACACUCUCACACUCUCACACACACCCUCACACCCUCACGCACUCUCACACACUCUCACACACUCACACACACUCUCUCACACACUCUCACACACUCACACACACUCACACACUCUCGCACCCUCACGCACCCUCACGCACUCUCAUACACACUCUCACACACUCACACACUCUCACACACCCUCACACACUCACACUCUCACACUCUCUCACACACUCACACACUCUCACACACUCUCACACACUCUCACACUCUCACACUCUCUCACACUCUCUCACACUUUCUCACACACUCACGCACCCUCACGCACUCGCACCCUCCACUCUCGUCUCCGCAUAAACAUUCAGAACGCGGCGCUCCGCCCGUACAGUGCAAUC